CAGCUCAACACCGGCGAUGUGUCGUUUCUGAUGUUGCGGUUUCGAUCGUUGCAUUGUGUACUGCUUUUGCAGUACAUAAUGUUAUCACUAUCAAAACAUUGUAAUCACAUCAAUAAAUUCUAACAUAUUAUAGAAAUAUUCUCGGAAUUCCGUUCCAUGAUGGCUGUUUUUAACUCAUUCGAAUUUAAUGUUGCCGGGACGAGUCUGGCCAUACCACUACCGCUGAUUGUGAACGUGAUAAUAUCGUUUGGUGCCUUUUACGUGGGUCAGCAUCUGAUUCCGCGUAUGAAGACGAUGUUCAUCAAUGCUAAUCUCUUUGGAAUGGAUAUGAACAAAGCCACCAAGAUAAGAAUUCCAGAGGCUUUUGGAGUUGUAACGGGAUGUAUAUUCUUGGUAUCGUUGUUUCUUUUCAUUCCGAUGCCUUUUGCUAGUAAUUUCUCGAAAGAUGGUACUGACGAGUUCCCUCACCACAAGUUUGUGGAAUUUAUUGCGGCUAUGCUAUCAAUUUGUUGCAUGAUUCUGCUAGGUUUUGCCGAUGAUGUACUAAAUCUUCGUUGGCGCGAUAAGCUGUACCUGCCGACAAUUGCAUCGCUGCCACUGCUGAUGGUGUACUAUACGAACUUCAAUUCGACCACCAUCAUUUUACCUAAAUUUGUGUCCAACAUUCUGGGCAGCUCCCUCGAUAUCGGUGCCCUGUACUACGUUUACAUGGGCAUGCUGGCGGUAUUUUGCACCAACGCAAUCAACAUACUGGCCGGUAUCAACGGCCUGGAAGUAGGCCAGUCGUUGGUGAUAGCGGUGUCGAUCAUCGUGUUCAAUUUGAUGGAGAUUUGCGUCGGAAACAGCCGCGAAGCGUACGAGUUUUCGCUCUAUAUCAUGCUGCCCUACCUGGGCUCCACGUUGGCCCUGUGGAAGUACAAUCGAUACCCAUCGCAGGUGUUCGUAGGUGACACUUUCAACUAUCUAUCGGGAAUGACUUUCGCGGUGGUGGGAAUAUUGGGUCAUUUUAGUAAAACCGUGCUGCUAUUCUUCAUCCCGCAGAUUAUCAACUUUAUUUAUUCCGUGCCUCAGCUGUUCCAUUUUAUUCCCUGCCCAAGGCAUCGUCUUCCAAAAUAUGACCCAAAAACGGAUUUGCUAAACUGUAGUAAGACCCAAUUUCGGCUGAGUGAUUUGAACAUUUUAGGUAAAUUGUGCUAUAACGUGUUCAAAACUUUCCGAUUGAUACAAGCUACGGAAAACAAAGAUGGCACGAUAACGUGCAAUAACUUUACGAUUAUCAAUUUUGCUAUAAUACUUACCGGUCCAAUUCGGGAGGAUAGGUUAAACAGGUUGUUACUCAUAUUUCAAGUGCUCUGCUCUGUACUUGCGUUCACUAUUCGGUAUCCCCUGGCGCAUUAUUUUUAUGACACUAUUAAUUGAAAGCUUAAAGCAAUAUGAGAAAGUGUUGAAGUAAGGGCCAAAGUAAUUUAUUUCACUUAGUUUUAGUGAAUGAAAUAAUAAACGUAUGGUAAAACUAGUAAACAA